AUGACUAUAGAUAAUAAGAACUCAAGCGAUGAUUUAGUGACUGGAGUAAGUAUUGAUCCAAUAGUAGAGUCAAAAGAAGCUCAUUCUGAUGAGACAGAAAAGUGUCCAUCAAGAUUUUCGAUAAUUCAAAGCCAAUUACAAAAGAACAUUCGGCGUUUUAAACAACCAGUGCCUUUAUUCACUAUUCUGUUUGUAAUCCUUAGUAUGUUGUAUGCAUACUUACUGAUUCUGUUUGGGUUUAGGAAAUUGGGAAUGCAAGUCCUGGUUAGCCAGUACGUGAUCCAAUGGAUAUUUAUCUGGCAACAUAUUGCUAUCUACAUUUUGGCUGGAACCUUUGCCGUUUUGCAGUUUGUCUGUUCAACUCAGCCAGUCGAUAAGACUACUCAGCAAACCACUAAGUUUAUCAUUGUUUUUGCUUUCCUGUGCUUAGCUGGAAGUCUUCUCCAGGCCCUUAACAUGGGCUUCAAGCACAUUAGGCCAGAAGGACAAAAAGCUACUUUAGAGAUAACAGAUUUAUCAUAUGUGCUUUUCCUUAGUGCCUGCAUUUCCUAUGGCUUAACCGCCGGCUUCUUAGCCAUUAAGUAUAUUAAGAACAAACCGCGUAGUGUACGAGGAUUCCUACUAAUCAGAGAUCUUGCCCAUAAAGCUUUACUAGCCCUGCUGGCUUUAACUCUGGGUGAGUCUAUUAUUCUUUAUCCUAUCAUUCUGUUUUCCUUUAACACCGACUUAACGAACUAUUUUAGGUACAUUUUGAUGUACUAA